CAAAAUGGCGCUUUGGGCCUUGCUGUUGACGACCUUAACCUCUUCCCUUCUGUCCCUAUUGCUCUUCUCUGCCGCCGCAGCGGUGAUCUCGAGACGACGGGGGAGGCGGAGGGCAGCGGGUUUCUUCCAUCCCUACACCAAUGACGGCGGCGGCGGGGAGAGGGUCCUGUGGUGCGCCGUCAAGGCCGUGCAGGAGGAGAACCCUGAUCUCCACUGCGCCGUCUUCACUGGUGACGACGCCUCCCCUCAGAGCCUGUCCGCCCGCGCCCUCGAUCGGUUCGGUGUCAAGCUGCUUCGCCCCCCUCAGGUUGUUCGUUUGUAUAGAAGGAAGUGGAUUGAAGAACACACAUAUCCUCAUUUUACUAUGAUUGGACAAAGUCUUGGUUCAGUGUAUCUUUCAUGGGAAGCUCUCCGCAAAUUCACGCCUCAGUUCUAUUUUGAUACUAGUGGCUAUGCUUUUACAUACCCGCUUGCUCGGAUUUUUGGGUGUAAAGUUAUUUGCUAUACUCAUUAUCCAACCAUCAGUCGAGGGAACAGGGGCUACAUGAGGGGGGCGAAGCAGCUUGACACCGAACCGAUCGAGGGCGCGGGCGGACAGGCUCUGAGGGGAGGCGUCGUCACCAGUGAAGACGGCGCAGUCGAGAUCGGGGUUCUCCUCCUGCACGGCCUUGACGGCGCACCACAGGACCCUCUCCCCGCCGCCGCCGUCAAUGGUCAUCGAGGAAGCAGCGGCGAGCGGCGGCAGCAACAGCGGCGAGCGGCGGCAACAGCAGCGGCGAGCGACGACAGCGACAGCGGGAAAGGGAAAGGGAGCGGAAGGCACGAGCAGCGAGAGGGCUCGCGGGAGGCGCGAGCAGCGGGAGGGCUCGAGGGAGGCGCGAGCAGCGGGAAGGCUUGCGGGAGGGCUCGCGGGAGGCACGAGCAGCGAGAGGGCUCGCGGGAGGCGCGAGCAGCGGGAGGGCUCGAGAGAGGCGCGAGCAACGGGAAGGCUCGCGGGAGGCGCGAGCAGCGAGAGGGCUCGCGGGAGGCGCGAGCAGCGGGAAGGCUGUUGGCAGCCGGUGUGAUACCAAUUGCCCAUAACUCAGCAGGUCCCAAGAUGGAUAUAGUGUUAAAUGAAGGCGGACAUCGAACAGGUUUUCUAGCUUCAAGCAAAGAGGAAUACGCUGAAGCUAUUCUCAAGGUACUUAAGAUGCCAGAGCCAGAAAGGCUUGCAAUAGCCGCAGCUGCUAGAAAGCGAGCUCAAAGGUUCUCAGAGCAAAAGUUCUUUGAGGACUUUGAGGCUGCAGUUCAGCCUAUCCUAGCACCCAAAGCUUCUUCAUGAACUCAGACCGAUUGGCUUCUGUGUUUUUACUUGUUUUCUUUCCCAUAAGAGAGGUGUCUUCAAAUUGUGUCAUGGUCCACAUAUGCCAA